AAUGACCUGUUCCUGGUGGCAGUCCAUGAGCUGGGCCACGCCCUGGGUCUGGAACACUCCAAUGACCCCACAGCCAUCAUGGCUCCAUUCUACCAGUACAUGGACACAGAGAACUUCAAACUUCCUCACGACGACCUUCAGGGCAUCCAGAAAAUAUAUGGUACUGUACCUACAGGUAACAGCCAAAAUAUAGGAAACACCAACAUAAAGUGUCUUAAUAGGACGUUGGGCCACCCACCACAAGCCACCAGAACAGCUUCAAUGCACCUUGGCGUAGCAGUGCUGUCGUGUACUCUGUAGUGUGUCCGUGUAAAUAGCCUGUUUUCUGUUUUUUUUGUCUCUUUCAUGUAUAUUUCUCAAUCACUCUUUUCAUCCUUCAACUAAAUAUACUUUCCUGCAACCCGCCUCACCCAAUGUGGAACGGAUUCUAUUAUUUAUUUUACCUUUUUAUCCAGAACCUCCAGUUGAAACUAGCCAGCUAGCCAGCUAACUAGCUAACUAGCUACUUGCUAUUAGCCACCGUUAGCGGUUUUCACCAUUGUCCAUGGCCUGCACUACCUACCAGCCAGCUCUAGCCUGGACUAUUAUCGGCAAGUCUGCACUGUCUGCACAGCGCACUAUCGACCAAGAACAUAUCGGAUUUUCUGCCGGAAUCACUGGACCUGAACACCGGAUCAUCACAACUAGCUAGCUGCAACCCAAUGGAUGUUGUUGGCUAAUCACCACCGCCACCCAAAGCAAGCACCAGUUAGCCUUGAACUAGCCUCGAGCCAGGCCCAUCUCCCGGCUAUCUACCUCUCUGUCAACCGGACGGGACCUCCUAGUGUCGACACGGAGCCCCGCCGAUCCAUCACGACUGGUCUGCCGACGUAAUCGUCUGAUGUGGUUUCAACAGGCUUCCCGUUGCGACGAACACAAAGAUCCAUCUGCUAGCCCCGGUCCGCUAACACACACAAUCAACAGCCUUGCUUCCUGUUCGCCUGUGCUGUAGCAGCCAUUCAAACUGCUCCCGGUCUCACCUAUUGCUGUUCACUGGACCUUAUGAUCACUCAGCUGCACAGCUGAUGCCUGCUGGACUGUUCCUUUACACGGUACCCCCAUCCUGUCUAUCUGUCCUGUUUAUCUGUUUAGCCUCAGCCCAAACUUUUGUCGCCAUUACCAGUUGUCUUAGCUCUCUCGAAUAACACCUGUGAUUGCUUUAUGCCUCUCUCCCAUGUCAAUAUGCCUUGCCUAUUGCUGUUCCGGUUAGUUCUUAUUAUACAAUUUCACUGUAGAGCCCCCAGUCCCACUCAACCAGCCUCAGAGAGCUCCUUUGUCCCACCCCCCAUACACGCGGAGACUGGCUCAAUCGGUGCCUCCAGUGAUGCUAUGUCAUCGUUACCCAACGCUUAGGUUUACCUCCACUGUACUCAUAUCCUUCCAUCUCCUUGUCUGUACAUAAUGCCCUGAAUCUAUUUUACAACGCCCGGAAAUCUGCCCCUUUUAUUCUCUGUACCCAACGCACGAGAAGACCAGUUCUUAAAGCCUUUAGCCGUAUCUUUAUUCUACUCCUCCUCUGUUCCUCUGGUGAUGUAGAGGUUAACCCAGGCCCUGUAGCCCCCAGUAUCACUCCUACUGCCCAGGCGCUAUCAUUUGUUGACUUCUGUAACCGUAAAAGCCUUGUUUUUUUGCAUGUUAACAUCAGAAGCCUCCUCCCUAAGUUUGAGUUACUCACUGCGGUAGCACACUCCACCAACCCUGAUGUUCUAGCAGUGUCUGAAUCCUGGCUUAGGAAGACCACUAAAAACUCCAUCCCCAACUACAACAUUUUCCGUCUAGAUAGAACUGCCAAAGGGGGCGGAGUUGCAAUCUACUGUACAGAUAGCCUGCAGAGCUCUAUCAUACUAUCCAGGUCUGUGCCCAAACAGUUUGAGCUUCUACUUCUAAAAAUCCACCUCUCCAGAAAUAAGUCUAUCACUGUUGCCGCUUGUUACAGACCCCCCUCAGCCCCCAGCUGUGCCCUGGACACCAUAUGUGAAUUGAUUGCCCCCCAUCUAUCCUCAGAGUUCGUACUGCUUGGUGACCUAAACUGGGAUAUGCUUAACACCCCGGCCGUCCUACAUUCUAAACUAGAUGCCCUCAAUCUCAUACAAAUUAUCAAGGAACCUACCAGGUACAACCCUAAAUCCGUAAACAUGGGCACCCUCAUAGAUAUCAUCCUGACUAAUUGACCCUCUAAAUACACCUCUGCUGUCUUCAACCAGGAUCUCAGCGAUCACUGUUGGCCGCCAUUCCUUCCAGUUCUCUGCUGCUAAUGACUGGAACGAACUGCAAAAAUCUCUGAAGCUGGAGACUCUUAUCUCCCUCACUAACUUUAAGCAUCAGUUGUCAGAGCAGCUUACCGAUCACUGCACCUGUAUACAGCCCAUCUGUAAUUAGCAUACCCAACUACCUCAUCCCCAUAUUGUUAUUUAUUUUGCUCAUUUGCACCUCAGUAUCUCUAUUUGCACAUCUUCUUCUGCACAUCUAUCACUCCAGUGUUAAUACUCAAUUGUAAUUAUUUUGCACUAUGGCCUAUUUAUUGCCUUACCUCCAUAACUUACUACAUUUGCACACACUGUAUAUAGAUGUUCUAUUGUGUUAUUGACUGUAUGCUUUGUUUUAUCCCAUGUGUAACUCUGUGUUGUUGUUGUUUUUAAUUGCGCUGCUUUGCUUUAUCUUGGCCAGGUCGCAGUUGUAAAUGAGAACUUGUUCUCAACUGGCUUACCUGGUUAAAUAAAAAAAAAGUGUCUGUAACUCUACUGGAGGGAUGCGACACCAUUCUUCCAUGAGAAAUUCCAUAAUUCAGUGUUUUGUUGAUGGUGGUGGAAAACUUAACGUUAUGAUUAUAACUACUGUUCCCUGAACGAGGGCAACAAGGUACACCAUACUAUGGGGAGUCACACUCUUGCAACUUCGGUUGAAGGAUCUACAAUCACGCCUUCUACAGGUGAUAAGCGUGAGGCUCGGAUUCUCUCCUUCAAUUUACUACCACUCUUAACCGAGCCCAGGAACGGAUGGUGCGUUUCCCUCCUUCAGGGAACAGUAGUUAUAGUCAAAACGUUACGUUCCCUUUCAGUCAGUCAACUUCGGUACAACAUAAAAUGGGGAAAUAUAAUCACGCCCCAAGCUGACCCCAUCGGAUAAUAAAUGAAACGGCCCAUGGCAAACCACCCAGACCUGAUCCCGCCAGAUGCGGCAGUCUGGGUAUUGCGCACAUGACGUGCUGGCUAGUGACUUUCCCCUGUCCCAGCCGUAAGUCCACUGUGUGCUUUACUGGGAGCAGUGACAUCCAAGCAAUAAACCUCACAAAAGGGUGUGGUGAUGUCCAACUCGCCGCAGCACAUAUAUCUCCUAUAGUCAACCCUUUAAACAACGCCCAAGAUGCCGCCAGACCCCAGGUGGAGUGGAUGUGUACACCGCUAAGUAACCCUUGCCCCUUUAUGCUAUAUGCCAGGGAGAUAGCCUCCACAAUCCAAUGGGAGAGACGCUGCUUAGAGAGCGCACUGCCGCGUGCUGGAUUAGCAAAACAGACAAAAAGUUGGUCACAUAAACGGAUAUCCCGGGUCCGUUCAAUGUACAUGCGUAAAACUCGCACCGGGCACAGGGCAUGUAACCUCUGUUUCUCUUCAGAAGCAAAAAGAGGAUACAAAAAGGGAAAUAGCUCAAAAGCUAAGGACCUGUAGGACAUAGCCAUGAGCAGGGAUUUUUGUAGGAGAGGAUCUUCAGAUUCACCGAAUCCAGAGUCUCAAAGGGGGCCGCACACAGUGCCUCCAAAACCAGUGCCAAUUCCAAUGUGGGCGCAAUAGGUUUAGAGACCGGUCUGAGAUGACAUACACAUUUCAGGAACCGCACCACCAGUGUGUGAGCCCCUGUGAGAUUCUGUCAAUUCCCACAUGACACGCUGAGACAGCGGCCAUGCACACUUUUCAAGUGGAGAAUGCUUGAAAAGCUCCUGUAGGAACAUAAGGACGUCCCUCACAGAGCACUGAAAAGGAACAAGUCCUUUUUCUUGGCACCAGAGCUCAAACUCUUGCAACUUAUACACAUACAGCCCUCUCGUGGAGGGCGCCCUUGCAGACUGAAUGGUAGCAAUACAAUUCUGAGGUAAACCUCUAGCCAUCAGAUUUGCCCUCUUAGGGGCCAGGCCCAUAGUAACCUGGGACAAUAGGUUCCUCCGCAACGGGAGUUUCUACAGAUCCCGCCUAAAAGCGAAUGAUCUCUGCGAACCAAGGCUGCCUGGGCCAACGGGGAGCCACAAGAAUCAAUGGUAAGCUCCAAUGUGGGCUGAAUCAGAACCACUGGUCGGAAACGCGUAAAGGAGGGUCAGAGGCCACUGGUGCGCAAGAGCAUCUGUUCCCAACGUGGCACUCGGGUCCCUCAUCAAGAAAAAUAGACGACACUGCACGUUUUCUCGCGAAGCGUAAAGCUCAACGUUGGCCUUGCCGAAAAUGUCCCAUACCUGUGAAAGCUUCCACUCCUGAGAGAGAGGGUUCCACCUGGAUAAAAGAUCUGCACCCGAGUUGAGGCAACCUGUAAGGGUUGGUGUGAGGUGUGACCCAGGUGCGGUGCAGGAUAGACAGUAGGCAGUAGGCAGAGAUGGUGAAACAAGGAUCUUUACUGGUGGUCCCGAAGCCAGGAUACAAAACAACGGAUUUAACACGAUAAAAGAAAGUCGGAGCAAAUAAAUCUCCAUAAACAGGCUGACCGCCAAAAUACGAAAUAGUAACUACGACUGGAUAAUAAAGAAACAGGGAGAACACUUCUCGAGUACCUGUACAUACUUCUCCGAUCAGACACUGAUUAGUACUGCUGAGCAUAGAGAAACUAGCAGAGAAAACUGAGCAAGGGAACACAGGGAAGUGAGGGCAUAAAUACACAGGUGAACAGGUAGACACAGGUGACACCAAUAGGAUCAUGAUUAGUCCAGACGGUGAGUGAGAAGGUGCCUAAGGUUGUCAGAGGAGGACACCUAGUGGAUCGCUCCGGAACUGCGACCCCCUCCUGUAACACAACUGGGGACAUGCGUCACCCAAAGCGAAAGCAUGUGCGCACUGCUCCCCAGCAAAAGGGAGCGAGCCAAGGUUAGGAGGGAGAGAGACAAAGUCUUUCACCAUCUGUUGAUGCAUGGCCCCAGUGACAUAUUGUCGGUUCUGACCAGCACAAACUGGCCCGACAAAAACAGGGGGAAGAGCCUGAUUGCCAGAUACUCCAGGUAAUUGACAUGCAGUGCGGUCUACACCAGUGUCCAAUAACCCCGAAUUGAGUUGCCUUCAUACGGGGGGAUCAAUCUGUGAUGAUCGCCUUGUGGGAUACAACUCAGCCCAUGGGUGCCCACUGACAAUAGCAGAGGGUUCCACCACUGGUCCAUGGCCCGUAGGCCUGACAGGGACACUCGAAGCGACUAGCUUAGGCUGUGCGAUGCGUCCAGGUGAGUGACUAGCACUCAGCGCUGGAAGGGCUGUAUCAACUAUAUUCCCACGGGAACGACUUCUAUCACAGAACCCAUCAUCCCCAGUAGUCAUAGGCACAUCCCCAGUAGUCAAAACGCACUGUGUGACCCAGCCGAAAUUUGGCCAAGCAGAGCCGGAACUUGGACACCCUCCAUGGGGAUAGAAAAGCGUGAUACGUGAGUGAGUCCAGCUCAAAACCCAGAAACGGAAUACACUGAGAUGGAGUCAGACAGCUCUUUUUCUGGUUUCUUAUGAAGCCUAGAGACUGAAUACGGGACAGUAGCAUGGAUGUGUGUAACACUGCUUGCCCCCUUGACUCCGCCACCACCAGCCAAUCGCUGUAAUAGCCGGCGGCUCUUGAGCAUUCUGAGUUUGUAGACUCUGAGGUGCUUGCUGAGGGCACGUAGAAUGGGACGCAAAGUCCCAUCCCUUUUCAUAACCAGGAAAUACAGACUGUACCAGCAGUUCCGGAUCUUCAACAUAGGAACCACUUGGAUUGCCUGCUUCUGGAGGGAAGGAUAUUUACUCCCUCAAAAUGGGCGCUGAGGCCUCAGGAACAGUCGAUGUGAUGACGCUGCAGAAGCGUGGGGGACGCACAACAAAUUGUAGCCUGUACACUGACGUCACUUUUCGCAUGAUCCAGAGUGACACUGCCCAUGCUCACCAUUGGUCGGAGCAGACAGCGAGACUCCCGUGAAGUACCAUCUGAAGGGGCGGGACGCCACCUUGUGGACUGGGAGAGAUUGGUUGUUCUUCCAUUUCCACCACUUUUGACAACCGUGUGUCUGAACAUGGAGAAGGAACACUUUUUUUGUUUGUUAUACUUUCUUUUUACUAACGAACACACAAACAAAAAAAUGGUCUGGCAGGUACAGCACACAUCAUACAUACAUCAGAUGAGUUACAAUAACACUAUCUUUGAAUUAGACCAUUUUCAAGUACAAAACCCAUUUUUCCAAGUAUUCCUGUCCUCUCUCCUCAUGUGUUCUUAAAGCAAAGGUCAGACACUCCAUAUAGUGUGUUUCUUUAACAAUGUCUACCCAUAGCCAUUAUAGCCUUUUUACUGGCUGCCAGUAGAACCUUCAACACGCACUUGUCUCUAUUGUGUAAGUUAUCAGGUAUUUCACCCAAAUACAAAUAAAUUCAUGUUUGUUCUAUGUCAAAACCCAUAACUUAUUUCUCCCCAGUAAGAUUCAAUAGCGGGGCAGGACCAAAAGAUAUGAGAGUAUUCCGCCCUUGAUAGCCCGCAUUCUCUCCAACAAGGGCGUUGGGAGUCAGUCUGUUUUGAUUUCAGUUUAGGUGUUAUGAAGAAACGUAUAACAUUCUUCCAACAGAAUUCUCUCCAAGACCAUGACUUGGUAGAGCAUAAUUGAGUUGUAAAUAUGUUCAACCAUGUUUCAUCAGUUAUUUCAGUGUUAUGUUCCUCCUCCCAUUUCUGUUUAAUAUAGUUUGUAUAGUGUUUCUUUGAGGAUAGAAUACCCAGGUAAAGAUUUGAAAUCAUUUUUUUAAUACUCCCCAAGUUGUACUUGGAUCAAUUUCUGAGGUGCCCGAGGGUCAAUCACUUUUAUUUAUUUUAAUGCGGGCCAACUCAGCAGUUUGACCUCUCUGUCUAAAUGAAUUUGCUUAACUAUCCUAAACCAUGUCUUGAGAGAGAAAUUAAUCCACUGAUUUUGUCUAUUGUAUAUUUCUGUUACCAUGUCCUUGUUACCCAAAACUGACUAUAUGGGUAUCUCUGUCAAAGUAGUUUCAAUGUCUUUCCAUUUGGAUUCGUAUUCUGAAUUGCAGCAACAGACCAGAGGCCUCAAUUGGGCUGACACAAAAUAAUAUUUUAGGCUUGGUAAGGCCAUGCCUCCUCUGUCUUUUGGUAAUUGUUGUAUAUCUAAUUAUUGGUCUCUUACUGUUCCAGAUAAACCUUGAUAUCUGUUUAUCCCAUUCCCUAAACUGUUUAGGUGGGAUUUCUAUGGGCAGUGAUUGGAACAAAUACAGUAACCUUGGCAGGAUAUUAAUUUUGUUUGUUUCAAUUCUACUACUAAGAUCCCUUAGGAAGUGAAUUCCAUCUGUCCAGGUCAUCUAUAUAUUUUCUUGUUGAUGGGAAUGUAAUUCAUGUCAUACAGUUUGGGUGUAUCUAUUGGUAGAUUUACUCCAAGAUAUUUAAUGUAUGGUAUUUUUGGGGUAUUUUAUUAGGAUCCCCCUUAGCUGUUGCGAAAGCCAAAGCUACUCUUCCUGGAGUCCACACAGAACAUGAAACAUUAAUAGACAAUAACAGCUCAAGGACAGAACUACAUACAUUUAAAAAUGGCACUCAUAGCCUACAUAUCAAUACAUACACACAAAAUAUCUAGGUCAAAUAGGGGAGAGGCGUUGUUCCGUGAGGUGUUGCUUUAUCUGUUUAUUUAAACCAGGUUUGUUGUUCAUGAAGAGGUCCACUGGAAGUUCUACCUGCUCUUCAGCUCUUGCUGUGGGGUAUAAUUAUAUACUAGGGCUUGAGUCUUGUGUACGUUAAGCACAUACGCUGAAUAUGUUCCAAAUGUUUGUAAAGCAUCCAUCAGUCUAGGUACACUUGAACCUGGGUCUUUAAGGAAUAAGAGAACAUAAUCAGCAUACAUGCAUAUCUUAUGUUCACUGCCUCUUAUUGUUAUUCCCUCUAAAGAUGGGUGGUGUCUUAUUGCCUGUGCUAACGGCUCGAUGUACAAGGAGAAGAGAGUGGGUGAAAGAUUACAGCCUUGUCUUGCCCCUCGUUCUAUACUUAUCGUUCGUGACAAAUGUCCAUUCAUCUUUAUUCUAGCAGUCGGACAUGAAUACAGUGUUUUGAUGCACUGUAUCACUUCUUUGUUGAAACCAAAUCUAUCCAUAACUUGGAAUAGAUAUUCCCUUCCCACUGAAUCAAAUGCUUUUUCUGCAUCUAGAGUGAUUAAUAUAGCACUCGUCUUAUCCUGAGUGAUGUGGCCCAUGACAUGUAUUGUUCUCCUUAUGUUGUCCUGUGUCUGUCUAUUUCGUAUGAAACCAGUUUGAUCCCUGUCAAUCAAUUCUGGGAUUAUGUCCUCCAUUCUUUUGGCUAUUAUUGAUGCAUACCAUUUAUAAUCCAUGUUAAGACUUGCGAUAGGUCUAUUGGAACUGCAUUCCUUCUUAUCUUUACCCUCUUUUGGAAUUACAGAUAUUAUGGCUUCUCUCCACGAUGGUGGUAGAUCCCCCUCGCGCAGAUUCCAGUUAAAACAGGCCUGAAGUAGAGGUGUUAGUUGUACUCAGAAGGCUUUGAACCAUUCUGAAGGAAAGCCAUCAGUGCCUAGGGAUUGGUUUGUUUUUAGAUUAGAUAUUGCAUUAUUCAUUUCUUCAAUGGUUAUUUCUGAAGUAAGUCUAUCAUUUUGCUCCGUCCCAAUUGAGGGGAGCUCAAGUGAGUUCAAAAAAUGCUCUAUUGUCUGUGCAUCUGCCUUCUCUGGUUGCUUGUACAUAUUUGUAUAGUAUGUGUCAAAUGCAUUCUGUAUUUCAUCCAAUUUGCAUGUCAUCUUCUUUGUUUUGGGGUCUUUUAUUUAGAAAUUUGUAUUCUGUGCUUGUUGUUUUCUGAGUCUCCAUGCUAGUAAGUUUGAUGCCUUUGAGCCUGCUUCAUAAUAUCACUGUUUCAGGACCUAAGCUUUUUCUCUACUUCUUCAAGAUAAAUCUGGUCAAUUUCCUGUUUUACCUUUGGAAUCUCACGUAAUAUAAGAGGGUCUUUGAAAUGAAAAUGAGAUCGUUCUAAGCUUCCUAAUGUUUCCUGUCAUUUCAGCAGUUUCUGUGAUUUAAUAUUUUUCUUGAAAGAUGAUGUGGCUAUGAUCUUCCCUCUACUAACUGCCUUAGCUGCAUCCCACGAUGUAGCAGGACAUACUUCCCCGUUAUCAUUAUUCUGCAGAUUGACGUUCAAUUCAGUCUUUAUUGAUUCCUUGAAUGCUGGAUCAUUCAGCAUGCGUGUAUUAAGCCUCCAUAGAGUAUUUAUUGGUUUGCUAUCAAGGUGUAGAGUUAGGUAAACUCCAUUAUGAUCUGAUGUCGCUUUGCCCGAUCCUACAAUCCUUAAGCUUGUGCCUAUCUGCACUGUAAAUGAAAAGUAGUCUAACUUGGAUUAUUCAGUGUGGCGGGCUGAGUAAAAAGUAUAUUCUCUAUCUGACAUAUGGAAGUCGCGCCAUACAUCAAACAGUCCUAAAUCCUGUAAUAUCCUAUUGAUCUUUAUAGCAACCAGACUAAUUUUCCUAUUUAGAUUUGUGCUGUCCAAUUUUGAGUUUCAAAUCAUGUUAAAAUCCCCUCCACAGAUAAGCGUGCCAGUGGUUUCUGUGGCAAUUAAAUCAAACACAUUCCUAAAGAAGACCAUGUCACUCCCCGGGGGCGCGUAAAGAUGAAAUAAUUUAACUUCCUAGUGAUCCAGUUUACAUUUAGCAAAGAUAAAUCUACCCUCCUUGCCUUCUAUUUCUGAUAUAAAUUAACUGAAUUUGGGAUCAAAAUUGCAACGCCCCUUCUACUCAUUUUACUCCUGAGUGGCGCAGCAGUCUAAGGCACUGCAUCUCAGUGCUAGAGGCGUCACUACAGACCCUGGUUCAAUUCCAGGCUGUAUCACAAUCCGGCCGUGAUUGGGAGUCCCAUAGGGCGGUGCACAAUUGGCCCAGCCUCAUCCAGGUUUGGACGGGAUAGGCCGUCAUUGUAAAUAAGAAUUUGUUCUUAACUGACUUGCCUAGUUAAAUAAAGGUUAAAUUAAAAAAUUUAAAUAAGAAGAGAAAAAGGUAUUCCUAUAUCCCAUUUUCUUGAGUUUCUCGUGUUCAGGACGGGAUAAGUGAGUUUCCUGCCAGAAUAAUAUGUCAACUCUCUCCCGUUUCAUCUUUGCUGUUACCUUACUUCUCUUGAUGGCACUCCCCAAUCUGUUUACAUUGAGACUUACGACCUUAAACCAUAUCAACCUAAAAAAGAACGAAAAAACAAGAACAAUAAAAAAGUUUACCAAAGUGGGGAAAUACUUUGCUAUAAGGACUCCCAUGUCAGAGGACUGUGUCUUGCCUCUGGAGUUUGAUGGGAUGAACCUGACCGCUGGAGGGGCCCCUCGCUCAAAUGUCAAAAUGCGUGACACAAACAAAAACUGUUGGAACCAAAAAUAAAAAUGGCGCCUUUUUCGUUGCUUACAAGAGAAAAAUGUAUAGGUCAUGCGCUAGGGGUGUGAGUAUAAUGUAAUAGGGGAUAAAUAAUGGAACAAAAACAGUCUGGUCUGUAUCUCAUAGCCUACUAUGUGUUAAUAUAAGCUAUUAAUUAUAUGCAGUCCAUUCAUUGAAUCCUCCCCAUGAUAUGUCCUUCUGUCACCUCGUUGUCACUGUGUCAUUCAUCCUUAGCUAAUAGAUCUGUUAUUAACGUGACCAUACAUAAUGUGUCCAUAAAGGCCACAUACUCUUGGCUACUUACCCUUACACAGCAGUGGGGGAAAAUAGGAGAGCUGUUUUACCUCUUGCAAUGUCAACCAUAACGGCCCAAUAUGUCUAACAGCUCGCGGUAACUGUUCAAUUGGAUUCAUUGUCUUCUAUCUUCUCUCUUGAAUGUGAACGUCCUCUCGCUGAAGUGACUUCCCUCUUUCUCUGCGACUCUGCUCGCCGACCACGGUCCAUUGGAGCUGCUUGAGUCUUUCCGCCAGUGAAGACUCCUUUCUCCUGGGGGAAUACUCCACUGGGAUGCCCCUCGACUUCAGGUCCUCAACCGCCUCGUCUGCAUGCUCGUAUGAAACCGGGCCAUUAUCCAGAAAUACUCAAAUCUUUGCCUUGAAAUGGUGUUUGGAAGCAAUUCCUUUUCUCCUUUAGUGCCUUCUUGAUAGGGGUGUAUUCCUUCCUUCUUUUCAGUAUCUCUCCCGCAUAGUCAUGAUCAAAGAAAACUAUUUGACUGAGAAUUAUAGGAACCGUACAACUAUGGAUCUUGGUGGGGCGCCGCUGGGGGGUUUUGGGGCCAGAGCUCGGUGUGCUCUCUCGAUUCCCAAGUCAGUGUCGUCUUCAAGUAUUUAUUUGAAUAGACCCUCCACGAAUUUGGGCAUCAAGACUUUUUCUGUGCCCUCAGCCACAGAAUGUUAUUACGAUGUGAAAAACCUUCCGAGUUCUGUCACUUUUGCCUGUAGUGCGUGAUGGCAUUUCAAAGACUGUACAAGUGCGUCUUUGACCACAGUGUUACAUGUGUCCGUUUCCCCAAUGCGCUGUUCUGCAUCCCCCAUUCUUGUAGAAGUUCUUCUUUGUUUUCUUCGAGUUUCUGGUUAAUGUCCUUCUUGAACUCAUUUAGUUCUUUUUGUACAUCUUCUCGAAGUUCCUUUCGAAAGCCAGCGAGCACCUCCCGCAAUUCCUCCUUUAUCACCUCACGGAAUGAGGGUUGUUUUGCUGCUGCUAGCUCGUUUUCGCUAGCAUUAACCAUCUCUGUUUCGUCUACGAUUUUAGCUUCUCCUAUCUUGUUACGGACUAUCGUUGUAGCUCCAUAACCAUUUCCUACUUUCCCCUUUUCCAUUUUAGUGUAAGUUACUUUAAUACUCAGAGUAAAUAUUUUAAUUUAUGGGGAAAAUACCCAACCGAUAUGCAGUACGAAAAAUCAGGCAGCCAUUUCCUAAAUUGCGUCACCGGAAGCCCAGAGAAGGAAAACUUUUCAUAAAACUUAAAUACAGGAGACAACAGUUUUAAAACCCGUGAACAGUGUGGAACUCACUUGAAAAAUGGGUGUUUAUAUGCCAAGGUUUGCCUAAAGCCCGGCCCACUCUGGGUCCGGCUAUCCCCGAUUGUCCGUGCCAUUUGGGGUACUGUUGUCACAACGAGCCUCACUCGGUUUAGGCGGUAAAAUGCAUUCCAGUAACCGGCUGUCACCCAGAGCUGCACCGCACGCAUAAAAAAUUGACCCAGGGAAAAAACUUUAUCAUGGAGUUUACUCUACCGACCAGUGAUAGGCACUGGCGACAAAGUGCCUUGUAACCUAGUUGGAAAUGGGACAGACAGCUCUAAAAAACGGACCCCUUUUGUUGUAGCAGACAGGGGCGAUUCGUAAAUUAAUCUUAUUCCCAGGAAUGAAAAGCGUUGAACUGGAGACAGACAGUUCAUUUGGGGGGCUCAUAUGAACCAUAGAGACUGCGUGUGGGAUAAAAGCGUGGUCGUGUCCAACCCUGCUCGUUCCCUCGACUCCAUUACCAACAACUAAUCGCCUAUAUAGCCCAUAACCUGUAUCACUAGACACCUCAUAGGGACUAGUGAGCUACAGGCAGGAAAUCAGGAAUGAUACCAGUAAUUAGCCACCAAUGGGGGAGGGACGCCCCCUUGCGGACAGUGACCCAACUUGUCACUCUCAUCCUGGGGACACUGAUAUCCCCUUGAACCCUAUGAACACCGUUGAACAUGGGGUAACAGAGGGGGCAGCAUUAAACAUGGACAAGCUUCCAACAUACGUUGUAAUUUCGUGAGACUGUAUAGCCUGCAUGAAGCCCGGCCCCUUUACGGGCACAGGGGGCUCUGGCAAUGGCUGACGUAGUAACCGUUUUACCUAAAGUGGGGGCACUGUUGUCACAGACCCAAGCCAAAGCCCCUCGCUCCGGGGGUUACCCCAGCCAAGUGCCCGGGGGGAUACUUCUUCAUCGGCGGUGCACAAAAACUCAGUUUCCUUCACUCCCUCCAACUCCAGGAACUGAAAAUAGGAAUAGGGUUGCCAUAACGCCAGGGGAAAGCUAGUAAGUUUCACUCGCCGGAAGUUAAGCAUGCUAGCCAAUGUUAGCCAGGAGGCUUUUUAGCAUAAGCUAGGUUAGCUAGCCUCUUUGACCGCAGCACAGUCAGUUUAGAAUAACUAAGCAACUUAACGAUACAUAUACUAAACAAGAGAGCUACCCCAGCAACUCCACCGUGGGGAGACAAGAAUAGCUCGUAAUAGCUAGCUUGCCUCAGUGAGUUAGCCAACCUGGCUUGUUUAGCUAGCCCGGUCUCGAAAGUCCACAUAGGAACGGAUCACUGAGGUGGGACCGGACCCUUCAUCAACAAGUCUGCGAAGAGAGGCAAGCGAUGCUUGACCGAGGCAGACACAGGCGGCGGGAGGUACCCACCGAACCUGGCCGCCCCUCUCUUCGAAUAGCCUCCCGUAACCGAUGACAGAGUGCACAGGUGCCGGGUUGGGCACAGGCAGCCACCACAUACCCCACGCCCAGGCAGACAAGACAUUUGCUCUGACCACCCAUUCCAUCCCAGCCGAGGUACCAGCAUCCGGGAAAGGAAAGUCACCAUCAGUAAUUCCAAGCUUCCUCAAGAAUGCUACACAUCUUUCCAGGAAGUUUGUAAGCAGUAUGUGGCAAUGCGCACACGGACUGGUUCAAUUGAGGGCCGCCUGAGCGUGCUCCAAACCGAGACAAACUACACAUAGAUCUUAAGUAUCUUUCAGAGAAAUGCUAUAACCACAUGACUGGGGGCAUGAUCUCGACCCCAUACCCGGCUUAGCCUUUGUCGUCUCUGUCGUUUUCUUGGCCAUCUUAGUCAUUGCACCAGCAAAUUGAAGAAUAACUAACUAUUUGUGAUUAGAAAACGUAUGAGAACCAGUACAGCGUCCAGGGGGUGAGCACUCUACCACUAUGGGACAGUUUAGUUAGCGCAACGUAAGACAGUUUCAUUUUCCAAUUGUUUGUUUUAGUAGCGUGAAUCGUUUCUGUUUUUACAUUUUAGUCAUUUAGCAGACACUCUUAUCCAGAGCGACUUACAGUAGUGAGAGCAUACAUUUUCAUACUGGUCCCUCGUGGGAAUCGAACCAUGCUCUACCAACUGAGCCACACGGGACCACACCGCGGUGAAGAGUGGAAUAAUUGAAAGAAAGAAUCCGAGCAUCACACUUAUCACCUGUGGAAGGCGGGGCUUCUCACGAGGCGUGGAUUUCAUUGACCUUGUCAGGCGUGAUUGUAGAUCGUUCAACCGAAGUCGCGAGAGUGCAACUCCCCAUAGUAUGUUGUACCGAAGUUGGCUGACUGAAAGGGAACGCUCCAGAAUCUCCCAUAAAUGUUCAAUUGGGUUGAGAUCUGGUGACUGAGACACACACACACACCCUUUAAACCCCCUAUGCUCCUUUGAAACCUCUCUUUCAAAGUCACUGAGUUCUUUUUUUUAUACAUGACCCUAAGCAUGAUGUGAUUUUAAUUUCUUAAUUAACUCAGGUUCCACUCCUGUGUGGAAGCACCUGCUUUCAAAAUACUUUAUAUCCUUCAUUAACUCAAGGGUUUCCUUUAUUUGGGCAGUUACCUGUAUCUAUGGAAUAUUAUAUUAUAGUAAUGUCCUCAAUCUGUUUAGUACACCAAAUCUACACCAAGUAGUAUAAUAAUAGUCUUGUGUAUGUAAUUUAAAAAACAUUUGUUUAAUUGUUUUCAUUGAAGGAACAAAUGUUCAAUGACAAUAUGUAUAUUUUUUACGCCCUUAGCUAGUUAGCUGGCUAGGCUAAUGUUUCUCAUUCAUCUCCAGGUCCACCAGACAGGGCUCUCCAGCCCACCAGGGCUCCACCCACGGCCCCUCCCCCACGCUUCCACCCCCCCUUGGAACCCCGUAAGCAUGACCGCCAGGUCCGGCCCCACCGCCCUCCUCAGGGCGCCAAACCCUCCAACCCCUACGCCAAACCCAACAUCUGUGACGGAGGCUUCAACACCGUGGCCAUCCUCAGACAGGAGCUGUUCGUAUUCAAGGUAGGUUGGCAUGCACAGAUACUGUAUAAUGUACACUUGUCUAGCCCAUAAAAUCUAAUAGACAAAGUGUUAAAAAGAAAUUGAUUUUGCUUUCCGGUUCCGGUGGCAUACAUUGAAAAGUGUGGCUUUUUCGCGGCUUUCUUUUGCUAAUUACUAUAAAUUAAUGGACUUUUUUCCUAAAACUUGUCAAUACUAAACAUCAUAUUAAGGUGUGGGACAUUCAUUGUGUGACAAGGAAUAACUAGCAGGUCUAUUACGCUCCAGCAGCUAGAAUUUGUCUGUCCACAAUUCGACAGUGGGAAUAUGGCGUCUCUCAAUACCAGACUUUACCAGAUUGUUCGUGAGGGGGGAACGACCAAUGUGUGAGUUUCCCUGUGGGGUCCUGCUUUUUGUUUUACAUCCAUGGGCUUAUUAACACUAAAGAUAAUAAUUACAUCUUUAAUACUACGUUUUUUGGGGGGGAAACAAUGGCAACACUAGCUAUUCUCUCUUGGAAUGUGAAAGGCCUAAACUCAACUAUUAAACGUUCCAGCUGUCUUGAUAUCCUAGAAUAGAAACCAUAUUGACAUAGCAAUGCUCCAAGAAACACACCUGCUACAAAAGGACGCACAUAGAGUAGAGAACUAUUUGUACAAACUGGCUGCGUUUUCAUCAGCCCCAAACAAAACUAAAGGUGCACCCAAGGGAUUUUUUACAAAUAUUUAAAUAUACUUAAAUCAUACUUCAUUAACAUAUUUUAAGUAUAUUUAAAAUAAUCUAAAUGUGAACUAUUUUAAAUACAUUUAAUGCAUUAAUGUCAAUUUUAUUUGUAUUUUAUUACCAUUUAAGUAUAUUAAAUACAUAAAACAAUAUCUAAAUUGGGGCCAUUUUUUGGUACUUAAGUAUAUUCUUAGUAUAAUAGAUAAUGAGCAAAACAAAUAUACUUUGAAUACACCGUAAGUACAUUUUAUGUGUAUUUCUCAUAAAUUAAGAUGUAUGUUAGGAAUAUUUUUCUUCUGUAUAUUUAUUUAUAUUAUUAUUUUCACUCUGUCAUUUACAUCAUUAUUGUGGAGUCACCUCAAUGUUGUUGAUCCAGCCUCAGUUUUCUCCCAUCACAGCUAUUGAACUCUGUAAUUGUUUUACAAUCAAUCACCAAUGGCCUCAUGGUAACAUCCCUUAGCAGUUUCAUUCCUGUCCUGCAGCUAAUUUCAGAAGAACAACUGUACCUUUGCUAUGUCUGGGUAGUUUAUUACAGAAUCCACAGCAUAAUUAUUAACUUGACCAUGCUUAAAGAGAUAUUCGAUGUCUGAUUUUAUAUUGUUACCGAUCUAUUAAUCGUAGCCCUUUUAUGAGUCUUUUGAAAGGCUCCCUCAUCUUUGUAGUUGAAUCUGUGCUUGAAAUUCAAUACUUGACUGAGGGGCCUUACAUAUGUUGUAUGGGGGACAGAGGAAGGGUUAGUCAUUAAAAAAAUAAUGUCAACCCCUAUGACUUCACACAGAUCCAUGUAACAUAUUCUGUGAUUUUGUUAAGCCAAAUUGUACUCCUGAACUAAUUUAAGCUUGCCUAAACAAAGGGUCUGAAUACUUAUGCAAUGGCUGUAGUUUAGUGAUCUAAUUUGUAUUGUCUAUUUUUUACUUUGACAUUACAGAGUAUUUUGAGUUCAUUGUUUUUUUUGUUUUUUUGUUUUUUUGUUGACAAGAAAUGACAAUUAAAUCAAUUUUAAUCCCACUUUUUAACACAAUAAAAUGUGAAUACAAGGGGUAUGAAUAUUUUUGCAAGGCACUGUAUAAUUAUAGUGUACUUGAUCACUCACAAGCAGAGUUUCAUAAAAAAAAUCAAUGCUUCAACUUAAAAACAACUCUAAGUGUAUUUUGAAUGAAUAUACUAAAUUACAAUUAAAGCGAUUGAAAUUGAAGUACAGUGAUGAUAGUGAGCAUAUAGUAUACUUAAAGACUGAAAAACAAUUAAUUUAAAGUGCACUUUUAAUAAGUGUGUUGAAGUGUAAUAAUAUUAUAUGUAUUUAUAGUAUACUUAAGAUAUACUAGAAAAAUACAUCUCGUAUUUGAAGUAUAUUAUUGUUUUUUUUUGUAUAUUUAAGUAUACUUUAGUAUAUUUUAGGAUACUUGUAAUAUAUUAAAAUAUACUAUUUUGUUUCGCUUGGGUAAUCAUUAUGAUACAUAAGAAAUAAAAAAUUACCAUCUUGGGUAAAGGCAAAGACCAAGAAGGCAGAAUCACUUUCCUUAAAUGUAUCCAUAAUGGAAAGAAAAUGGCCUUUAUUAAUGUGUAUGCUCCAAAUUCACAUGAUCCUACGUUUUUUGAUUCUCUGAGCAGCAUAUUGUUAGAAUUAAGUGAAUUCCAACUGGUUAUUGGGACAAACAUGAAUGCCAUUCUGGACAUGCGGGACAAAACUAAUAAGACCAACAACAAUCCAGAGACAACCAAGGCUCUCCAACAUAUACUCUCUGAUUACAACCUCAUUGAUGCCUGACUAGCUCAUAACCCUAAAGCAAAAGAGGACACUUUCUAUUAAAAUAGGCACAAGACAGUCUCCCGUAUCGAUUUCAUGCUAUUAUCUACUCCUGUAUUUUCUUUCAUCAAGAAAAUAGAAAUUCAACAUAUUAGCAUAUCUGAUCAUCAUGCUUAUUAAUGCUAGAUACAAAUGUCUGAAUCUUCUAAAAGAGACACAAGAUGGUGCUUUAAUGUUUCCUUACUACAAAAUCCUACUUUCUGUGAACAAUUUGAAACUGAAUUAAAUUAAUUCAUAAUGAUUAACAGAAAUUCAGUCGAUGAUCCUCAGAUUUUAUGGGAUGCCAUUAAAGGUUUUAUUAAAAACAAUGCAACUGCAUUUCAUCUGGGCUGAAUAAAUCACAAUUAAAGAAGAUUGUUGUUAGAGCAUUCUUAACAAACACUUUUUUCAGACUAGGUAGCGACUACUCUUUUCAAAGUCAAGACAAAUCAAAAUCUAUUGACUCAACCUUUACUUUCAUGGUAAUCGACCCAGUCAUCUACUGGCUAACAAGCUUUGCAGUAAUGAUCAAUUAGCGGAUAUUGCAACUAUUGAAUCUGAAUCAGGUGAAUUAAUAUCAGAAACAAAAUUAAUCAACCAAAGAUUCUCCUGUUUCUAUAAAGAAUUGUACACCUCUGAUUGUACAACCACACCAAGCCAGAUUGAGUCAUUUUUAAAAGCUAUAAGAACUCCUCAACUUUUCUCAACUGAAGAAGCCAGCUUGCUGGGAGCCCACAUCUCUCACCAUCAACUCAAAAGGGCAUUGGAUAACAUGAAUGAAGACAAAUCACCUGGUUGUGACGGUAUUCCUCCUGAGGUCUAUAAAUUUGGAACCAAUUAGGUCCACUGCUACUUGAAAUGAUUAACACAGCCGUUCACAAAGGUUCAUUUUGAAGGGAUGUAAAUACAGCACUAAUUUUGUUUUUAUUUCAAAAAGGUAAGGACUCCACCCAGUGCUCUCACUAUCACCUUCUAUCUUUGAUAAACACAGAUAUUAAAUUACUUUCAAAAAUUAUACAUUUCUUUAAAUUGAAAAUUCUGUGAACUGUCUUGUGUAAGUUUUAAAUUGACACAAUACCUGUUAGCAAAGGUGUCAGUCUUGCAUGAUGUCUACUUUGAUGUUAAUUAGCAUUUUUGAGUUUGAGAGUAAAUAAAACCUAAUAUAUUGACUAAAGUCACCUUGUCCGAGAGAGAUUUACAUGAUUAUCAAAACGUCACGCCAGGUAAGCCUACACGAAACACAGCCCUUAUUUUAAGUGUUUCUAAUAUUUCCUAUGGGAAAAAUUAAUGGUGGAAAAAUGAUUGGAACCAUUUCCCUGUUUGAACGCUAGAUUUUAUGGUUAUUAUGACACCUCCACUGUGGGGCUCUAUAUAUACCCUGCCAUCUCCCUCAGAGCAUUAAAACUCAUGGUACCCUUCGCCAGCUCAUAUCUGUGUGAAUCUGGAUUCAGUGCUCUCGUCUGCAUUAAAACCAAAUAUCGAUCCAGGUUGGAUGUGACAGCAGAGAUGAGGUGCACACUGUUGACCACGCCCCCUGACUUUGGAUGGAGACAUGUUGGCUGGGUGGGGUUGGGGGAAUGGGAUGUGAGGUUGGGGGUGGAUGUCACGACUUCCUCCGAAGCUGCCUCCUCUCCUGGUUCGGGCAGGCUUCGGCGUAGCUCGGUUGAGUUCCGUGUAUUUUGUAUUGCCGGGGUAUAUUUUCCCCGUGUGCCUGUUUGGUUCCAGUGCGCACUGGACUGUUUGACCCAAUUCCGGAAUAAACUCUGUAUUCGGUGAUUACCCUACAGGUUUUAUAAAGUUAUAAUUUGAAAUGGAUAAUGUACCUGUAACCACAACCCCCCCCCCCCCCCCCCCCCCCCCCCCCAGUGGAAUCAAUCACGGCUCAUUUUAGGGAAUGCGACGAAGCAGGUUUCAGAGUUUGGCUUACACUAUUACAGAGAACGGGAUGAAGAUAAUGUGUUUUUGUCUGCACGUGUGUAGGACCAGUGGUUCUGGAGGGUGAGGGACAACUCAGUGGUCCCUGGCUACCCCAUGCAGAUCAACUACUUCUUGAAAGGCCUGCCUGCCAAGAUCGACGCCGUCUAUGAAAACAGCGAAGGGAAGUUUGUCUUCUUCAAAGGUGAGCAAAAGAGAGGAAUGAGAGGAAAGAAGGAGAGGGGGGGGAGAUGGAGGAGAUGAAAGGGAGCUUAUUUUACUCUUGUAUCAGCAGAAGGUAGCAUUACAUUUGAAGGGUAGUUCGAGGAGAGCAAUUGAGAGAAAAAGACAGAGCAAAGCAGUUUGUCACAAUGUCAUAUUGAUAAGUACAAGAGAAUGCCAAUGCAAUUAGUAGAAAUAUGGUUUAUAUGUUCUAAAUAGCAUCCAUUUUGUACUGUAUGAUAACGGGUGAGAGUUCAGCCCCUCCUCCAUCCCUCCAUCUCUCCAUCUAUCCUUCCCUGCAUCCCUCCAUCAGGCAGAUUAACAUGACAUCUGUCACCCAGCAGGAUCACAGAGAGCAUCAUGCUUUAUUUAUUCCCUCGUGGAGGAGCUACUUACUGGACUGGACAAAUGUAUUGACUGUCCAGUAUCCAGAUGACCUUUCCCCAGAGCUUCCUAUACAGUUAAUCUCUUUCCGUAAAGUGUUGAGACGAGCAAUUAAGGAGAAUGAGAGGCUCAAUUAAAGAUGUUACACAACUGCAGUAUUUGAAGCACCACUCCCUUCUGCCCAGUUUCCCUGAUGUUGCUACAGCAUAAAGCUGUUUUUACCAUCCCUGUAACUGUCACUUCUGCGGAGAGAUCGUUUUCUAAACAAAAACUCAUAAAGAACCAUAGAAGCAUUAGACUCUCGGUCUGAUACAGUGAGGGAAAAAAGUAUUUGAUCCCCUGCUGAUUUUGUACGUUUGCCCACUGACAAAGAAAUGAUCAGUCUAUGAUUUUAAUGGUAGGUUUAUUUGAACAGUGAGAGACAGAAUAACAACAAAAAAAUCCAGAAAAACGCAUGUCAAAAAUUGUAUCAAUUGAUUUGCAUUUUAAUGAGGGAAAUAAGUAUUUGACCCCCUCUCAAUCAGAAAGAUUUCUGGCUCCCAGGUGUCUUUUAUACAGGUAACGAGCUGAGAUUGGGAGCACACUCUUAAAGGGAGAGCUCCUAAUCUCAGUUUGUUACCUGUAUAAAAGACACCUGUCCACAGAAGCAAUCAAUCAAUCAGAUUCCAAACUCUCCACCAUGGCCAAGACCAAAGAGAUCUCCAAGGAUGUCAGGGACAAGAUUGUAGACCUACACAAGUCUGGAAUGGGCUACAAAACCAUCGCCAAGCAGCUUGGUGAGAAGGUGACAACAGUUGGUGUGAUUAUUCGCAAAUGGAAGAAACACAAAAUAACUGUCAAUCUCCCUCGGCCUGGGGCUCCAUGCAAGAUCUCACCUCGUGGAGUUGCAAUUAUCAUGAGAACGGUGAGGAAUCAGCCCAGAACUACACGGGAGGAUCUUGUCAAUGAUCUCAAGGCAGCUGGGACCAUAGUCACUAAGAAAACAAUUGGUAACACACUACGCUGUGAAGGACUGAAAUCCUGUAGCGCCCGCAAGGUCCCCCUGCUCAAGAAAGCACAUAUACAUGCCCAACUGAAGUUUGCCAAUGAACAUCUGAAUGAUUCAGAGGAGAACUGGGUGAAAGUGUUGUGGUCAGAUGAGACCAAAAUGGAGCUCUUUGGCAUCAACUCAACUCGCCGUGUUUGGAGGAGGAGGAAUGCUGCCUAUGACCCCAAGAACACCAUCCCCAGGGUCAAACAUGGAGGUGGAAAUAUUAUGCUUUGGGUGUGUUUUUCUGCUAAGGGGACAGGACAACUUCACCGCAUCAAAGGGACGAUGGACGGGGCCAUGUACCGUCAAAUCUUGGGUGAGAACCUCCUUCCCUCAGCCAGGGCAUUGAAAAUGGGUCGUGGAUGGGUAUUCCAGCAUGACAAUGACCCAAAACACAUGGCCAAGGCAACAAAGGAGUGGCUCAAGAAGAAGCACAUUAAGGUCCUGGAGUGGCCUAGCCAGUCUCCAGACCUUAAUCCCAUAGAAAAUCUGUGGAGGGAGCUGAAGGUUCGAGUUGCCAAACGUCAGCCUCGAAACCUUAAUGACUUUGAGAAGAUCUGCAAAGAGGAGUGGGACAAAAUCCCUCCUGAGAUGUGUGCAAACCUGGUGGCCAACUACAAGAAACGUCUGACCUCUGUGAUUGCCAACAAGGGUUUUGCCACCAAGUACUAAGUCAUGUUUUGCAGAGGGGUCAAAUACUUAUUUCCCUCAUUAAAAUGCAAAUCAAUUCAUAUAAAUUUUUUGACAUGCGUUUUUCUGGAUUUUUUUGUUGUUAUUCUGUCUCUCACUGUUCAAAUAAACCUACCAUUAAAAUUAUAGACUGAUAAUUUCUUUGUUAUUGGGCAAACGUACGAUAUCAUCAGGGGAUCAAAUACUUUUUUCCCUCACUGUAUAUGCUUUUGAACACCUGAGUAAACUCCACUCAUUGCACUGGCGCUGUCGUAGCCUUGACCACGGCAUUUGUUCACUGAUAUCCCAUUUCUUUCAAUCAGUUUAUUUUUUUCAAGGCCUGGGGCACUUUUUCAGUCACAUUCCUGAAGCCCAAGAAACAAACACUUAGCUUCCUAGUACAUAUUCAAAUUAAAACGGUUUAUAACUGACUUUUUGGAGGGUUACUGUAAAAAUGAUUAAAUAAAUAAAAUAGACAUCAAGGACAGGCGGAUGGGCCCCCAGAGGUGUGGGCCCCCCGCCUUGCAGAGGCUGCGGGGGUGUCCAGUACGCCAGUGUAAUAAGCCUUCAUUAUUGGAAUGAAUUAAGUAGCAUCAAUAGCACCGAUACUGCUCACAGUGUUACAGCAAAAAGCAAGGGAUAUUUCUUAGCAAAGUGUAAAACAUAUAAUGUUUGCACCCAGGCUCUGUUUGUGAUUACUGGAUAAUUAUGACCACUGAUCCAUUUGUGUCUGGGGUUUUUUAGGGAACCGCUUCUGGGUGUUCAAGGACACUACUCUGCAACCCACUUACCCUCAGGAUAUCUCUCUGUUUGGAAGUGGGAUGCCCACCCAGAGUAUAGAGACCGCUGUGUGGUGGGAGGAUGUGGCAAAGACAUACUUCUUCAAGGGAGACAGGUCUGUUUUACCUUUUCAUUUCUCCAUGACACCACAUUGGUUUGGUUCAUAGUGAAGAUAGAGUGUAGCUGAUUAUAGAAUUGACUGGCAGGCAUUGAUGUCAAGGGGCCUGGAUGCUAUGGAGGCUUUGAGACCAUCUAUGCGUUACAUUAGAUUUGUUAGAUUGUGAAUUAGGUUAUACAUUAUACUGUAUUCGUUUUUAUCAAUGACAAUGAUACAGGCUAGCUGAUAUAGAAUUGACUGAUAUUGGCACGAAUGUUGAGGGAUUGUCUGCUAAGGAGACCAUCUAUGUAUGUGGACUGUAAAAGGAUAAGAUGCUAUAGUUAGUACAUGAUGUUUACCAAUAUGACUCAAAUAUUUUGUGAAGCUGUCAUGAUAAAUUAAAUCAUAUGAGGUGCUGACCCUGUUGUGAGAGCAGAUAAAAUGAUUUGUCAUGAUGCUGUCAUCAUUCCGCAGCACACUGUUCACUAAUAUGAUUUUCUGUUUUUAAGACCAUGACAUCAUCCCUCUGUGUUUGACAGCAUAACAUUAUCUUGAACCUUAAAAGUUGUGUGUAUGUGUAGAAGAUCAUGAGAUUAUAACGUUGGUGCGUGUGUGCGUGUGUGUGCAGGAAAGCAGGAAAUGCAAACUUGUAGUGUAUUUGGGUUUUAAAAAAGCUUCAAAGUUUGUAAUAUCCACUUUGAAAUUUCAGACUUAAGUUGCCCUAACGAAAAAUGUAUCAACCCCUAUAAAAAUUUCAUUAAUUAUAAUCCACAUAAUAAUUCAUAUUUCCUAUUGAUGCAAGAUUAUUUUCCUGCUGUAGCAAACUGGCUCAAAUUACGAUCCUACAUCUGCAUUUAUGGAUAUUGACUGCACUGUUUCAUUCCUACCUGGCUUUAGAUAUUGGAGGUACAAUGAAGAGAUGAGGAACAUGGACCCUGGUUACCCCAAACCCAUUACGGUGUGGAAGGGCAUCCCUGACUCCCCUCAGGGGGCGUUUGUGGACAAGGCCAACGGUAGGCCAUCCAUUCCUCCCUCUAUAUCAUCCUCUAUCUCUGCAUCACAUCUCUUUCUAAUGACUAAAAUUGGCCUCUUUGCUCUUUGCUCUAUGUAGUAUAUUUAUGCCUUGCUUCUCAGUACAGGAAGUAAAUAUUGUGUUCUAAAACUUUUUGGCACAAGUCAUUUUAUUAACUUGUAUGAAUGUUUCAAUGUUGAGUAUUUUUCUCCUGUGAACAGGAUUCACCUACUUCUACAAGGGGAAGGAGUACUGGAAGUUCAACAACCAGCGGUUGCGUGUGGAGCCGGGCUACCCCCGCUCCAUCCUGAGGGACUUCAUGGGCUGCGACGGCCUGCCGGCCGACCCCGACUGGGACUGGAGCCCCCCAGAGGUGGAGGAGCGCCACUCCGAUAGCAGCAACGGUGACGUGGACAUCGUCAUCAAGCUGGACAGCACGGGGGGCACAGAGAAUGCUGUGGCUAUCGCCAUCCCCUGCAUCCUGGCGCUGUGCAUGAUGGUCCUGCUCUACACCGUGUUCCAGUUCAGGAGGAAGAGCACGCAGAGACACAUACUGUACUGCAAGCGCUCUAUGCAGGAGUGGGUGUGA